AUGAACGGAGCGCCAGCGGAGGGAUCAACGAGCGAUUACUUUACCAUUCGCGUGUUCCGGUUGUUUCGAUCGAGAAGAUGGACGAAGGAGUGCGUUCGGGAGAUGCUUCGAUUGGGCGCGGAGGCGCGCGAGCGCGAACGCAAGGCUGGAUCGGAGUUCACGCGCGUGCACAUGCCUCGCACGGUGGUCGAGUACAGCGCGCCGUCGAGUAGACACGAGGGAGGUGGACAUAGAGUGUAUAGAGGCGAGCAGCACUGGGUUCCGAGCGAGAAGCCGUCUCGACCACUCGACACGGUAGUCUUACCCACCGGCGCGAGAGACAUGAUCGAGCGCGACGUGCACGCGGGUCAGUCAAUCAUGGUACAAGCGCACUCUUCGUUUGGAGAUCGCACGUCUAGGCCAGGUUUGAAGGCGGUGUCAUCGCGAUUACUCGCAGAGUGGGGAACGUUAGCGCAAGAAUUGCUGUCACGUGGCCAUGACGUCCAAGUGGCUCUUUGGUCGAGUUGGAGCCAAGUUUACAUGCGCGGCGAGUCAAACGAGACAAUUCGCGCGGUUGCCCGCAACGCGUUUCAGUCUGCAUGUGCGAGCGCGUUCGAAUCUUUGCGAAAACUCGCCACUGGUGAGCCUGUUGUCGAAGAUGUGACUGCGAGAUCUGUCAUGUACCAGCCGAUGUGUUGGCCGAACGCUAGCAUCGCAAACGAGGCAUUGAUGUACGGCUCACACGAUACGGAGAGUCAGCACAAAUCGCAGACCGCACUUUUCGAAGGCAUCGUUGCGCAGCUCGCGGGGCAGUUGAUAGGGGAGACAGAAUUGAGUGCACUUUCACCUUUCAUUACUGGCGCUUUGCCAGUGAGUGCAACCAUGCGCCGAAUCGGAAUCACCGUUCACCACGAAGCCAUGAAGAGCGAUGGAAGUACUAUAUCGAACUUGAUUGUCACGUUGAAAGCAAGCGCGCGACAGAUUCUGGAUGACGUGAUCAUUCGUGGUGAUUUGCACAAUCUGGACGGUGUUGCAAUGAGGCUAUCAACCUUUGCGCAUUUCACUCAAGUUGACUCUCUUCCGGCUGUUAAGGAUGAGGUGCUGUCCACCGUCAACGCGUUGAAUGCGAUCAAAGAACACCCGUUCAUGGUAUCCGCGCAUGCAGGCGAUUCGACUUUGCGAUCGAUGGUCAUCCGAGGGGCAUUGCAACGGGCAUCAACAGAAUUACAUGCACAGCGCAGCGCCGAGGCGUAUGGAAUGAACGCCUCGUCAUGCUUGCAACUAUCCAUUCAG